UUUCAAUUUCUAAAUAUACAUAGGUAUAUCCUAUAUUGAGUCCAUAUCCAAAUAAUUUACUAAUGUUGUUCCCUACCCAACUUGAAAGUGACAUGAUGAUCAGCUAUUCUUACAAUCCAACAAGUGUCCCUUCAGAUGUGAUACAUAAAUAUAUUAUCGAAAUAUUAUAGACGAUGUAUACAUGCAUGAAAUAAUUUACAUUUUUAACUAAAAAAUUUCCACAAAAUUUCACUUCAUACCUUUCACUUGUAAAAAAACAAAAAUAAAAAAUUUUCGAAAAAAUCAAAAUUGGCCUCAAUUUUUAAUUCAUUCAUAUAUUAGUUUUUGAAAUCACAUUUUACUAAAUUUAGCUCGGAAACUUUUUCUAAUGAUCCAACGCAUUUUUUAUUGCAUGGUGCAUGCGAGUGCAACUACCUGAUUAUGACUAUACCCAGUUGGAAGAAGUCGAGACUUGCAUUUGACCUACAAACAAAUGUUGUAUCUACAUAAACAUUAUAUAAUUGGACGGAAACAAUAGCGCACCGUAAAGGGUAAACAUGUUUCAGGACUAUGAGAACUUGCCCCCAAAUCAUGCCCCAACAUACAGUGAUGUGUCGGUGAAUCCCUUUUUGAUUGCCACUGGCGUUGAGAUGGAUCAAUACGCAAAUGCUGAAGAUCGCGCCAGAUAUCCAAAUCAAAUGACGUACCCAAUGACACCGGAAAUGGGCGAGAUGGGCGAUGCAACCAAUUUGCAUGGCUUAUACCCGAGUGGUGGUGGCGUAGGAACUGGCUGGGGCGAUGAUCCAACAGGCACUGGUGGUGGUACUGGACAGUCCGGAUAUGGUUAUGGUGCCCCCUAUGGUGCAGGAGCCGGCGGUUAUGAUUACCAUCCUGCCGCGCCAGUGCAUGUGCCCACAGGUGGCUCGUACUCACAUCAUGCCACAGCCGGUAGCGGUUAUGGCGGCUAUGCACCUCCUCCGCCAAAGAUCUAUGCACGUCCCCAUCCGACCGUGCCGACCAAGGGAUUUAAAAAGAAGCAUAGCACAAGCGACAGUAAUGCCUCCACAAUGAACGCACUAACAUUACUGGCAUUCUUCUUCUUUGUCAAUCUGCUGCAGAGCUGCCUCAAGGAGAAUAUGGAGGCCAUGAAUCCCACUGUGAUGGUGAUGACGACGAAUAUGGUGCGCAAUCGCAACACGAAGCUGGCGGAAAUGAACUCGCGUGAGCAGAGCAGUUCGCCAGCGUCGGCGUUCACAUCGGGCGCGAAUAUUGUCGUGCAGCCGGAGACUUUGGUAUCGGCGGGCAGCAGCUCAGUGGCGGCUGGAGCGCCCGGUUUGGCUAGUGUGACGCUGCAAACCUCACCGUACAGCCAUGCAGGUGGCGGUGGCGGCGGCGGCGGUGCCUCAGCUGGUGUGUCGAGUGCAGUGAAUGUUGGCAAUAAUUUUGCUGGCGGCACUGGCGUUACUAGUAGCAACAAUCACAUUAAUAAUUACAACAAUAACAAUUACGGUGGUAUCAAUAAUGGCAAUCACCGACCUGCAGAACCCCAAUACAGUUAUGGCACUAACGGUCUCAACAGUGGACAACAGAAUCUUGCUGGCGCGGCGGUCAUUCAGAACCAACACAACCAGAACGUGAACAGCAACAAUAACAAUCAAGCAUACGGUGCUAACCAUCAGGGCGAUACUUUUCCGUUUUCACCUACUCCAACAAUAAUUACCGCUAAUCGCGAUCCACGUCCAGAAUUUUAUGAUCCAACGCAUUUAUACCGCAAUCAAACAAUAAACUCCGCCACCAGCAUCAACCAACAACAGCAUUACCAGCAGCAUCAACAGCAUCACCAGCAACGUCCAUACCCACCCGAGCAGUUUGAAGAAGAAGAGUAUGAAGCUCAGGCGCCACAACAACAACCUCCGUCACAAAUACAACGGCCCCAACAACAAGAACAACUCGCCCACAACCAGUUUCAACAACAACAGCACUACCAUGAAAAUCGUCCAAAUGACAACAACGCACAACAACAACAAACAGUUCAUCACGAAGACUAUCACGAGCAUGAUCAUAAUCAGCAACCGCCGCACGAUCACUUCCAGCAUCAUUAUCCCGCUCAGCACCCUCAACAUCAGUCUUCGUUCCACUCUAAUCAACAUCAAAAUUAUGGCAGUAAUCGUCGUCCAUCGCCUCCCAAUAGGGGUUAUAGCGAGGCAUCACGUCCAUGGUCCAACAGCCCGGUUUCUUCACCAUUUAGACGUGGCUCGAACAACUCUCCACUUUCGUCGUAUACUUGGUCUUCAGACUCUGCGAAGGGUCACGUGAGUGGAAACAAUAACUACGGCGACUUCGCCGACGAGGAUGAUCACCGCUAUGAGGACACCUUUUAUACACGUUCCGAUAGAAAGUUAUAAAAAGCUAGCAAUUUAAAAAGCAUUUAAAUGAUUGUGAAAGACCUUUAGUUUAUUAAAACGUCAAGAUAUUUUAGCUUGCACUUUUUGGGUAAUAAAAGAAAGAUUUGUAUCGUA